UCCGCUCUUCUUCAACACCAACAGCCCCAGACCUCCCCCCGCAACCUCGACCUAGCAGAACCGCCUCCCAUUCCCCUUCCGCUCUAAAAGAUCAAAUCCCUUCCCCACCUAAAAAACCCUAGCAGCUAACAUACAAAAAAAAAAAAAACCAGCAUCUCUCAUCCCCUACGAAAAGAGAGCAGCUUUUCCCCUUUCCCUGGAUCCCUACCAAAAUCUCCGCCUCCCACCCCAUUUUCGGAAUAGAGAACGGACCACCCUAGAGAAACUAGCGGCUCUCUCCGUCUCUGUUUCAGUGUGCAGCACCACCCCCCAAAAAAGCCAAAGCUCACUGUUCAUGAAAAUUUUCAAAGAUAAGAGAACAAUUAAAAAUUGGAGAAGUGUUUGGACAGAAAUCGAAAAAAACAUAAGUCGAAGGUUUUGAGAAUUCGAGGUGAAAUUCCGGGUUCCGGUUCCGCCGUUCGAUUUUUGUUGCUGUUUCUCGGUGGAUUUUUGGGAUCGAAGCAGUGUUCAUUUGCUUAUUUUUCCAUUGUCAAUAGAGGAAUUUCAGUUUAGCAGAAAUGGGGUCCUCUGAGCGUUUAAGAGCUACGCUAAAGGUGUAUAGGAAUCUACUAAAAGCAGUGGAAAAGCAUAUAGGGAAGGAAGAGCACAGGGUUCAUUUCACUGAUUUCAUCAGGGAAGUGUUCAGGAAGAACAGCAAUCUUGAAUGCCCAAAAGACCCCUCUUUUAUUCAACAGAGGAUUAAUCUUGCUCAAAAUUAUACAUACCUUCUCAACAGUGUCCACCAUCAUAAGGAUUUAUUAUUUUCUUACAAUAUUGCUGUGGAUAGAUCCAAUGAGAUGACGAAAGUGCUGGGCAAAUCUGCUGCAAGUGUGGGUCUCCGCCUUCCUGAUGUUUAUCAGUCUUGAAAGUUGGUAGGUUAUCACUAUUUUCUUUUCCAUUUCCUUGUCUGUAUAAUGGUUUUGUAACAAGCACAUUUAUGCUAUAAAAUUUAUGGCAUAUUCAUGUCUAAAGCAUAUCUGUGCCUGUGCCUGUGCCUGUGUGCUUCGAGGUAAUGUUGAGAUUUGUCCCUUACUUUCCUUUCUGAGAAAGAAGGGGGAUGGGGGAUGGGGAGGGGAGAGAGUGCUUUGGGAUAAGAAAUUUAAUACCUACUCGAGCAAACUGAAUUUGACUAUGCAUUAUGGACGUUAUAUUGAAUUGAGGAAGUUCCUGUACUAAAACUUUUAGUUAUUCUUGACUCACAUGAGAUGAUAGUUCAAGGUCU